UUGCAGGAAUUUAAGUGGGAAAGGUGCAAGAGGCUUAUAUCUGGAGAAGAAAUGCUGAAAAAGACUGGAACCUUGUCGAAUGAAACAGAUAUUCUUGACGAGUAUCAUCCUGAUGAGGAUUGCACGCAUGUUUUAAGGACUCGAUUUCUUCAUCAUCCAGUUUCUAGAGAGGAAAAGCAGUUACCAAUCGCAUUUGGAUUCACUAUUCACAGAGGUGCACGUCUGUUUGAACGUAUUCUACGAGCUAUUUACAUGCCAAACAAUGUCUUCUGCAUUCAUAUCGACAAAAAAUCUUCAGCGGUUUUUCGUAAAGCAAUAGAGGCCAUUAUACGCUGCCUUCCAAACGUUUUUAUCGCAGCAAACAGUGUUGACGUCACCUGGGGACAUAUUUCUGUAGUUCAAGCUCAAUUCAGUUGCAUGGAAGAGCUGCUAAAAUCACCAUCAGUUAAAUGGAAAUAUUACAUAAGUUUAGUGGGACAGGAUUUUCCUCUUUAUGAUAACAAACAGAUUGUACAAGCGUUACAAGGCCUUAACAACACCAACAGCAUACAAAGUUCUCCCGUCCCUAAAAAUAAUUUGGAUCGAACAAAAUUUGCUCACAUACUGAAAGACCGCGAAGUUUAUAAAACAAAAAUGCCAAAAGUGCUGCCCCCAAAUAACAUUUUAAUCUAUAAAGGAUCCACUCACAUUAUUGCUAUCAGAGAAUUCGUCGAGUUUGUUCUUCAUAACCAAAUAGGAAAAGACUUCUACGAAUUCUUAAAGGAUACUUACGUCCCGGAUGAAACGAUAUAUUCAUCUUUACAAAGACAUCCAGGAGUUCCAGGAGGAAUCACCGGAAAUCAACCGACAUGGAUACCACGGGCCUUGUAUUGGAUUAGUAAGGAAACCCGUGGCAUUUGUCGUGGGAAAUGGGUGCGACAGCUGUGUUGGAUUUCCCUCCAAGAUUUACGCUGGGCGCUGGGAGAAGAUAAAAAAGACAAACUCUUUGUUCAUAAGAUUCCAUUUAACUUCAGCGAGGAAUUAAUAGAAUGCAUUCUUGUGGCAAGGCAAGGAAGGAAGUACGCUACUUCAGCGUGGAAAGAAGAUAAGGGAAUAUCUAAAACGACUAGCAUUUUGACUACUGUUCCACCAACGGUAAAGGAAAAUGGUCGUCCGCAUACAGCGAAGGAAAAGGAGAUAGGCCUUCCGACUAAACAAAAAUCGAAAGUGUCGGGUAAUCGGACUGAUACUUCAAAGGAUAAGGUCGAAAAUGUUCACGGUACACCAAGGCUUAAAGUUAUAGGAACUGCAGAGACAUCUAAUGUUCCAAAACGGCAGGAAACAAAUAAAAAGGAUGUCCCUAAGACACCAACGCCAAAAGAAAUGCAAGAACGCAACACACAAAAAACAAGUAACAAUGAAAAGAUGAAAAGC